AUGUCUUAUCAGGAGAACCAUUGUGCACGGCCAAAGCAAGACCAAGGUGGCGCAGGAAUGUGUCAAUUUUGCGCAGGUGAGGGACCACGCGGAUUCUCCCCUCAUAACGUUCAGAGCGAUCAGCGGGCAAAGUCAAUGGUUUUACUGCAGCACGGGUAUGUCGGUCGAUCAUGCGGUCUAGGCGCUAGGCAUGGCCAACUCGAAGCGCGGACGGUUGGAAACAGGGUCGCCGUGGGCUUCUACAUGCGUGACGCCAAGACCAACGAGCGGCUUAAAACUGGCGCCCUAAUUGGCCCUGUUCACUUUCCAGGGACGUACUCAAUCCAAUGA